CUGCGGCGGAGCAGGAUGGAGAUCCCGGUGCCCGUGCAGCCGACCUGGCUGCGCCGCGCCUCGGCUCCCUUGCCUGGAUUUUCCGCACCGGGACGCCUCUUUGAUCAGCGCUUCGGCGAGGGGCUGCUUGAAGCCGAGCUGGCCUCGCUCUGCCCUGCCGCCUUCGCCCCCUAUUAUCUGCGCGCGCCCAGCGUGGCGCUGCCCACCUCUCAGGCGCCAUCGGACCCCGGGCAUUUCUCGGUGUUGCUGGACGUGAAGCACUUCUCGCCGGAGGAGAUUGCUGUCAAGGUGGUUGGUGACCACGUGGAGGUGCACGCCCGCCACGAGGAGCGCCCGGACGAGCACGGAUUCAUCGCGCGCGAGUUCCACCGCCGCUACCGGUUGCCACCGGGCGUGGACCCUAACGCCGUGACAUCUGCGUUAUCACCCGAGGGCGUACUGUCCAUCCAGGCCGCACCAGCGUCUGCGCAGGCCCCGCUGCCGCCAGCACCUGCUGCCAAGUAGGGGUUUCAGGCAUGCCUGAACCCGGGGAGCCUCUUGGGGCUCCUGCUCUUCAAGCCU